UUUUUACCACGAGGGAUCAAAGUGGGAAAAGGAUAAAUCCAAGAAUCUAUAUAAAGGAUGUGAAGGGAACAAAGAAAGAGCACAAAACCCAAAACCUGUCUCUUGUGGAAAAGAUGGGUUCUCCAUCAAUGGCUUCUCUCUUAGCAUCUUUGCUUGUCUUUACAAUCUCUCUAGACUUUGCCUCCGCCAACUAUUACUACUCCUCUCCUCCUCCUCCCCCGAAAAAGCACUACGAAUACAAAUCUCCACCUCCACCGGUUCACCAUUACACUCCCCCUCCCGUUUACCAUUCCCCACCACCACCCAAGAAGCACUACGAGUACAAGUCUCCUCCUCCGCCUGUUCACCACUACAUGCCCCCUCCGGUUUACCAUUCCCCACCACCACCCAAGAAACACUAUGAAUACAAAUCUCCUCCCCCACCGGUUCAUCACUACACCCCGGUCUACCACUCUCCACCGCCACCCAAGAAGCAUUAUGAAUACAAAUCUCCACCUCCCCCGAUGAAACACUACACCCCGGUCUAUCACUCUCCUCCACCACCCAAGAAGCACUAUGAGUACAAGUCUCCUCCCCCACCGGUUCAUCAUUACACUCCAGUCUACCACUCUCCUCCACCACCCAAGAAACACUACGAAUACAAAUCUCCUCCUCCGCCGGUUCACCACUACACUCCGGUCUACCACUCUCCUCCCCCACCCAAAAAGCACUACGAAUACAAAUCUCCUCCCCCACCGGUUCACCACUACACUCCGGUCUACCACUCUCCACCGCCUCCCAAGAAGCACUACGAGUACAAAUCUCCUCCCCCACCGGUUCAUCACUACACUCCGGUCUACCACUCUCCUCCCCCACCCAAGAAGCACUACGAAUACAAAUCUCCUCCUCCACCGGUUCACCACUACACUCCGGUCUACCACUCUCCUCCACCACCCAAGAAGCACUACGAAUACAAAUCGCCACCUCCACCUGUCCACCAUUACACCCCGGUCUACCACUCUCCUCCACCGCCCAAGAAACACUAUGAGUACAAAUCUCCUCCUCCACCGGUUCACCACUACAUGCCCCCUCCGGUUUACCAUUCUCCACCACCUCCUAAGAAGCACUACGAAUACAAAUCUCCACCCCCACCGGUUCAUCACUACAUGCCCCCUCCGGUUUACCAUUCUCCACCACCUCCUAAGAAACACUAUGAAUACAAAUCUCCACCUCCUCCGGUCUACUCACCACCACCCCACCACUACGUCUACGCGUCUCCACCUCCUCCGCCCCACUAUUAAUCAUACUAAAUUAUGGGAUUCAGGAAAGUACACAAGAACCUUCGGAAAUAAUAAAAGAGGCAAGAGCGAAGAACAAAAGUCAAGCAGAUACACUAAGAGGAAAAGUUUCCCAAUUCCGACAUGUCUUUUUCUAAGUUUGUGUAAUGUUUUUUUUUUCAAACGUGUUAUUUUGAAUCAAGCGUGGUCCUCCAUGCAUGCAAUCCGUCAAUAAUAUAUUUGUAAGUUUACGUCCUUUAUUUCUUCAAAUUUCUCGAAUAUUGUAAGGUUGUUUUGCUCAAUAAAAUAAAAUGUUUUCUCGCUU